AUGGACAAAAAAAGUCUAAAAUCAAUCGCUAGUGGCUCAUCAUCAUCUACAACAACUAAGCCAAAUAAAUCAUCCUCAGCAGCAGCAGAACCAACAACAGUAGUGAGCAGAAGUGGCACGAUUCCACGACCCGUUCAUCGCGUUAUAGAAAAUUUUCUUUUCGUCUGGUUAGAUGCAAAUAUUAAUGAGACAAAAGAAGAUUUCAAAAACUCAUUAAAACAACUGCGACAUCUUGGAGCAUCCAUUACUACAUUUACGGAUGCUGAAGAAUGUUUCAAAUUUCUCAGUAAAAUUAAAAAAGAAAAAAUCUUUAUAAUUGUGUCCGGUGCAUUAGGACGGCAAGUAGCACCAGAAAUGCAAGCAAUGCCACAGUUGGAAUCAAUAUAUGUAUUCUGUGGCAAUAAAUCAUAUCAUGAAGAAUGGGCCAAAACUAUACCGAAGGUCAAAGGGGUUUACACUGAUAUUAAACCAAUUUGUCAAGCACUGGAAAUCGAUCGAGCUAUGAUCUCGAUUAGUUUUAAUGGACUGAAUCCCCUGUUCAUGUAUACACAAUUAUUAAAAGAAGCACUUUUUGAAAUCGAAGAUGAUGAUAAGAAAUCUAUCAAAGCCUUCGUUGAUUAUUAUCGUGAACAGAAUGAUAUUCCUAAAGGUCAACUUAAACAAGUUGAACGCGAAUAUCGUAAUCAUGCAGCAAUAUGGUGGUACACAGUCGAAACAUUUAUUUAUUCGAUGGUUAAUCGUGGACUUCGACAAAUGGAUGUUAAUAUAAUAUUUAAUAUGGGUUUUUUCGUUUGUCAUCUACAUAAUCAUAUUGCAAAAUUACAUCGUGAACAAAAAGGCCACAACAUGCCAACAAAAUUUCAAAUCUUUCGUGGACAAGGUUUGUCCAUGGAAGACUUUGAAAAAAUGAAAACAACCAAAGGAGGACUUAGGUCCUUCAAUAAUUUCCUAUCAACAAGUCGUGAUCGUAAGAUUUCACCAGAAAACUUUGCACGACCAGCUACACAGAAUCUCACCUUGGUUAGCAUUCUCUUUGUCAUGGCAAAUGAUACAGCUAUUUGCUCAAACUCAUCAACACCAUUUGCCGAAGUAAGCAAAGUUGGCUACUACAAAGAUCAAGAGGAAGAAAUACUUUUCACAACGCGUAAAAUUUUUCGCAUCGAUCGUACUGAACGUGUCGAAGACAAGCAUACUGAUCGCUUAUGGCAAGUUAAUCUCAACAUGAUAGGAAACCUAGCAUUUCAUUGA